CCUCAGCACCAGCGUCUCUCUCCAGCGUCAAGUGCUCCAACGCGGCUCUCCAGCACCACACUAGUCCGUCACCAUGACCCUCUACCGCACCGGAUUUUCAUCCUUGUCCUCCUCCUCAAUGCCGCUCAUGAGCUCCAGACGCGGCGCCGGCAGCGUCUACGGCGGCUCAGGUGGUCGAAACGCCCGGGUGUCCUACGCCUCCAACGGCCUCGGCAGCUCCGGCCUUGACCUGUCAUCAGCGCUCGGCGGUGGCGGAGGGAGCGGCGGCAGCGAGAGAGUGACCAUGCAGAACCUCAACGACCGCCUGGCCACGUACCUGGACAAGGUGCGCACUCUGGAGACCACCAAUGCGCAGCUGGAGCGUCAGAUCCGCGAGUGGUACGACAAGCAGACCCCGACUGUCAAAGACUACAGCAAGUACCAGGCCAUCAUCGACGGCCUGCGCCAGAAGAUAAGUGCUGCCACACAGGACAAUGCCAGGAUGAUGCUGCAGAUUGACAACGCCAGACUGGCAGGAGAAGACUUCAGAAUCAAGUUUGAGAACGAGAUGGCGAUGCGCAUGUCGGUGGAGACGGACAUCGCCGGUCUGCGCAAGGUCCUGGACGAGCUGACCAUGGCUCGCUCCGACCUGGAGAUGCAGAUCGAGGGCCUGAAGGAAGAGCUGGUCUACCUGAAGAAGAACCAUGAAGAGGAGCUUGCAGCCUUGCGCGGCCAAGUGAAUUCCAGCUCUGUGAAUGUGGAGGUGGAAGCGAGACCCCACCAAGACCUGAACGGAGUCCUGGAUGAGAUCAGAAGUCAGUAUGAGGGCAUCGCGGAGAAGAACCGCCGCGAUAUGGAGGCGUGGUACAAAGUCAAGUUCGACGAGCUGAACAAGCAGGUGGCGUCGAGCACCGAGAGUCUCCAGACGUCCCGCAGUGAGAUCAACGAGCUGAAGCGAACGCUGCAGGCGCUGCAGAUAGAGCUGCACUCCCAACUCAGUCUGAAAUCUGCCUUGGAGGGAACUCUGUCGGAGACGGAGUCCCGUUACAGCCUGCAGCUGAGCCAGCUCCAGACCAUGGUCAACAGCCUGGAGAACGAGCUGAGCCAGAUGAGGGCCGACAUCGAGAGGCAGUCCGCCGCCUACCAGGAGCUUCUGGACAUCAAGACCAGGCUGGAGCUGGAGAUCGCCGAGUACAGGAGGCUGUUGGAUGGAGAGGAGAUAAUCACUGUAAAUACCACACCAGCGCCACCUCAAUCAAUCAAAACCCAGAGAAGGAGGAUUUUGAUUGAGGAGAUCGUUGACGGUAAAGUGGUGUCCCGCACAGAAGACGUGAACGAAGAGGUCCUCAAAUAGAAGACACAAUGCAUCCCGAAGUAUCUGGAUCAAAUAUAUAAUAACAACACUAAUAAUAAUAAUGAUAAUAAUAAUGAUGAUGAUGAUGAUGAUAGCAGUAAUAAGCAGGUCUUCCUGUAUUCUCAAGUUUACCAAAACUAACCUGGAGAAGAAUUCCCUGGGUCAUUACCAAAGUCGUCAAGUGUCAUGAUUUCUGCAUUAUUUUUAAUUCAAGUAGAACGUCCACAAUUUAAUACAAAACACUGGGAAAAGGCCCUUAAAUGUAUGAAUAAAAUUGUGUUUUUUCACACACACGCACACACACACACGCUGGUUUUGCAUUAUUUGUUGUUUCAGACAUGAUGAAUUCUCUAGCACCUUACUCUAACCUUAUCCAUCACCACUACACACCUAACCCUUAAACUAAGUCUUAAUCCUCAAAAAGCAUGUUAAACUUGUAAGGACCAGCCAAUUGGUUCUCACUGCUUAUUUAUGCACACACACACACACACACACACACACACACACACACAUAUAUACCAGGCUGACAGGGGACUGUCACUCUACACCCACAAACAGGGGACUUGUGUUUCUGGUCAUUUUUAAAUAAUAAAAAUAUAAUAAAAAGAAA